UUGUUGUUGAGGGAAGUAAAAGGAGGUACAAGACUUUUAUACCUCCUGCUUGCUUAUUUUAUCUGACUGCUUUGGGCAUAGAUCUGUGUAUUAUUCAAUAUAAAGUACAAUGGCUGCUAGCGUUCCCAUACUAGGUUGUGCGGAAGUUGCUCUUUAAACUGUAGAUCUGUAAGGUGUGUUUCUAGUUGCAUAUUAGGUAAGGUAGUCUUAGGGAGAGAAUUAUGAUGAAAAGUAAGAGCUGCAGUGAAUUAUCAGGAUUCAAAUGAUGUUCACUAAGUCAUUCUCCAUUGGUCAUCUAAUUUAUUAAAGGGAAAUACUUUACUAGUGCAGCAUUUGAGGGCAGCUGAGGGCUCAAUGAAGAGCAGAAAGCACGCAAAUAUUUUCAUGGAAAGCAACAACAUUAUGUAAGUUUAUGCUAGUUGAGGGUCUGGUUGUAUGAGUUUCACUGCUCUUUUGCUUAAUUUGAUGAUUUAUUAUUUUGAGAAGAAAAAACUAUAUUGUUAAUGUGUUUGAAAAUGCAGCUAUUUUAUGUUUUAUGACACAUCCAUCAAAAUGCUGUCCAGAUGGACAAAACAAUUUGGAGACAAAAUGCAUUGGUAAGAUAGACAUCAAAUGUCCAGAAGCACUUGGGUGAAAGAUUGUGUGGUUGCCAGCAGAGGGCAGAAAAAGACUUCAAAUAUGAAGUAGUUUAUUCAACUAUAGAUACAUUGAGCAGAAGUUUUGAAGCAGCAAUGGCAUGUUAAAGCUUCUCUGUAGGUCUGAAAGAGUGCAUGGAUCUUAUGAACAGUUAUGGGCAGGUCAGGUGGCAGAUGCUUUGGUUGAUCUGACUGGAGGAAUUGCUGAAAGGUGGACCCUGAAAGGCCCUGGAAGAAACAUGGAGAAAGAGAAGACUGGCAUGGUUUUGGAGAAAGCAGUGUUUAGAAGAUUAAUGAAUCUGAAGGAACAGUGUGUAAUAAGCUGCUCAGUCCUCAGUUCCAGACAAGGUGCAAGUGAACUAGGAGAAUUUCAUGCCUUUAUUGUAAUAGACAUCUUGAAUCUGUCUGAAGUGUCAGGCAAGGAAAUCUUCCUACUGCGAAUAAGAAAUCCUUGGGGGAGGCGGUGCUGGAGAGGUCCCUGGUGUGAGGGUGGUCAAGGAUGGAGCCAGCUAGAUCCAGUAGUUGCCUCAGAACUGCUCUCACAGAUCCAAGAGGGAGAAUUCUGGGUUGAUGAAGAGGAAUUUUUCAGGGAAUUUGAUGAGGUUACCAUGGGCUUUCCAGUCAAUGAGGAAGGACAACUUCAGAGCCUCUAUACAGAGAAAGUGCUGUAUCACUCGCAGAAUCUUUUUGGAUCCUGGGUGAGAGGCCGGUCUGCAGGUGGCUGCCGUAACAACAGCAGCUUUCCUACCAACCCUAAGUUCUGGCUGAGAGUCUGUGAAAAGAGUGAGGUGUGCAUUGCUCUGCUGCAGAAACAUAGGAAAUACAGUGCUGACUGGGCUGGAAGAAUUAAAAAUCUGACUUGCUUAGCAGAGGAAAAUCUAUCUUUGACUGAAGGCACACAGGGGAAGAAUUACCAGGCUGUGGGAUUGCAUGUCUGGAAGGUGGAGAAGAAACGAUUUAACCUUCCAAAGACCCUCUCUGCUCCUCCAGUUGUAGGUACCAUCUGCCAUUCCUAUGACAGAGAAGUGCAUGUGUGCUGUGACCUUUCGCCUGGGUUUUAUCUUGUUGUUCCCAGCACUUUUCUGAAAGAUGCAGUAGGGAAUUUCUUGCUUCGUGUAUUUUCAACGGGAAGGAUCUCUCUCAGUGAGCUAAAGCCACCACCCACAGAUGCUGCCCUCUGUGAAGAACUCCCAGCAGGUGAAUGGGAGACGGUGCAGCUGCAUGGAUGCUGGAAAAAUGGGCAAAGUGCUGGAGGUAGCAGGAACUUCCCCUCCUUCCAUAUCAAUCCCUGCUUUCCCCUCUCCAUUCCUGCAGGACCAGGAAAAAGCAGUGUGAAAGUUACCCUCCGUCAGCACUGCCAAGAUAGCAAGUGUCGUCCAAUAGGUUUCCAUAUUUUCCAGGUACCUAACAGCAGCUGGAAACCACAUACUUCCUCUUUUCUGCACUUGGAGCCACUGGUUAGCUGUGUACCUCAUUGCUAUUCACAGGAAGUAAGCCAACUUUGCAGACUUCCUGCGGGAAGUUAUGUAAUUAUACCUUCUACUUACUUGCCCAAUACAGAAGGCAAUUUUACAGUGGUCAUAGCAACCAAAAUAGACAGGAAGCGCAUUCACAGCCGGGAGACGCUUGGACAAGUAUUGCAAGAAAUUUCAUUUACAACUGUGAUGAAAAGGUAAUCUAGAAUUCUCACACUGUUGUUUUGAGAAACAUUGGAAAGCCGAGGAAUGCCUCACCUCUCGCUGUUUUGAGUUUUCAAUGGAAUAACAAGAAGAUACUCUUAGCCCAGCUGUUUUUUCACUGGUACCAACUGUCAGGCCUGCGACUUCUUUGUAAAAAUACCUCCUUAAUCAUGUAUGCUCUGAACGUUUGUUCUUCCCAUGUUUUUUAGAACCAGCAUUGUACAGCAAAUCAUAAGGUACCUCAGUUCUUCAGAAAUACAGGUGAAGAAUAUGUGCAUGUUUUAACCCAAGCUACAGUUUUGGAAGAAAACCAGAAAACAUAUGUGCAUAAUGAAAUAGUAUUUUGGGGGGAGAAAAAAAAAAAAUCAAGCUUACAGAAUAACUACAGGAGACCAAAGGGGUAAACAUAGAGGAACGAAACUGGAGUCUUUUUUUCAGGUAGGACAUACCUCAAGAACCAUCAAAAUACACUGGAGUAGAUAAAGUCCAAGCUUGUAUCCUACACUGCCAGUCAUGCUGCUGAGCACUUUAUCAUGGGCCCUUUAUUGAACCAUGCAAAUGGUGGGUUGAAAAGAAAGAUUUUUUUUUUUUUUUGGCAAGUUUUUCUUUAAUGAACACCACAAAGGAAAAAGAUAAGACUUGAAAACUUUUAUUUAUGAACUAUCAUGUCAGACUGAUUUUGUAAAUCUGUGAGAAUGUGUUUUAUGCGAGAUCUGCCCUCACUGUAAGAAAUAUGAAGUUUAAGAGAUUUUUCUUAAUUUAUGUUUGAAAGUAUUUCUUAUUCAAGGAGGAUUUUUUAGAUGUUAUAUUUUCCUCAAUAAAAAUGGAGUAACGUUGAAA